CUUUGUUGUUUCCUCUUUCAACAGGUCAAAUGGAUGAUGUACUGGAUUAUAUUUGCACUUUUCACCACAGCAGAGACAUUCACGGACAUCUUCCUUUGUUGGUUUCCAUUCUAUUAUGAACUAAAAAUAGCGUUUGUAGCCUGGCUGCUGUCUCCCUACACAAAAGGCUCCAGCCUCCUGUACCGGAAGUUUGUACAUCCCACGCUGUCUUCAAAAGAAAAGGAAAUCGAUGAUUGCCUGGUCCAAGCGAAAGACCGAAGUUACGAUGCCCUUGUGCACUUCGGGAAGCGGGGCUUGAACGUGGCAGCCACGGCGGCUGUGAUGGCUGCUUCCAAGGGACAGGGUGCCUUAUCGGAGAGACUCCGGAGCUUCAGCAUGCAGGACCUCACCACCAUCAGGGGAGACGGCGCCCCUGCUCCCUCGGGCCCCCCGCCACCGGGCUCUGGGCGGGCCAGCGGCAAACACGGCCAGCCUAAGAUGUCCAGGAGUGCUUCUGAGAGCGCUGGCAGCUCAGUGUGUACCUGCUGCUCCACCUGCAGGACCCGGAAAGUGGUUGAGGGAGAUGUGCAUGAGGGUGGUAUGAAAGCAUGGGAGCCUCACCAGGUCCAAAAACCAUUGGCGUUUUCUGACGAGGAGGAGGAAGACCUGCUGGAUUUCAUGUACAAGUAUAAGGCACCUCGGAGGACGGAUUUGCCCCUGGAGGCACCUCCUAGAAUCCCUCGAUCUCGCUUCAGGAAGAAAAGUACCUCAUCCUCGGCCACAGAAACCACGUGAGUGAGAUGAGCCAACAGCACCGGAUCCACAGAAUGUUUCUUCUCUGCCUUAAAGAGCUAUUCACUAAUAACAUAGAAAUCCGCAAGUUGGGUGUGCUUUGAGUGUGCAGCCUCACAGACAUAGCCUUUUCUCUCUCCCCUCUUCCACUUUUAAGAAUUUUUCCCCCUUUCUUUUAUUUUGUUGAGGAGAGGCUAAAGGAAAAGGUAGUGGGGGGGGUGCCCUUUAAGUCUUCUGAGGUUAGUAAUUUUCCACAAUUGGAUUGUCAUUAUAGACAGCAGUGUGUUUUCAGAAAUAUAAGAGAAUCACCCUUAUGCUGCUGAGAUGUACAUUUGUAAUUUAUCUGUUGCAUACUUAGUUUUUAGUCCUGUAAAUGCAAUUUUUUAAAACGUUUUUUGUUCUUGCUACUAAUACUUUGAACUAUGAUGUACAUAUUUAUGGCUUUUGGCUUAAUAUAAUGGACUUGCAAGGGCUGCCAGAGGUUCUGAUAUGUAAGAAAACUGCAAAACCAGAAAUAUAUAAAAAUAUUUGAUUCUAGAGAACGUCUCAGAUGUGCUUAUAAAGCUUCCAAAUACAACUCCAGUAACACAUCCCUUUUCCUGCUGGAAGAUGCUCCAUAUUCUUCAGAUAGUUGUUUAGUCAAAAAACCAGAGAAGUUAGGAAUGAAGUUAGCUGAGUGUGAUGAUAGGUUGGGGAAACACCUAGGUAAGUCACAGGAAGCUCAUCUCCUUUGAUUCAGGAUUAGGAGCUUCUGAAUCCUUUCUAUGGAUUUAAUGUUGCCUUAGGCAGGCGGCUUACCCUUGACCAAACUUCUUGGGGAUGGGGACUUUCAGAGCUGUUGGAGGAAUAAUUUUGUUUCAAAAGUAUGUGGCAAAUGAUUAUUUCUCCUUCAUAGUGACCAGUGCUGUGACUAGCUUCCCCAGGUAGAGGAGCCUACAAUCUAAGCACUUUGUUUUAGAGACCACUAAGCAAAAACAAAGAAAAAACACAAAAAAAACACAGAGAACUCUGCCAUUUCAGAUAUGCUAUGAAAUACAUCUGAGAUAUACAUGUGUAACAACCAAAAUUGUGCAGCCUAGGAUGGUUCUAGAGGUUGAGAUCUUUAUGGCUAAGACUUUGCUUAGAUCCAUGGGCAGCUGUGGUUCACACCUGUUCCUUGCUGACCUGUGCAGAAUGUGAAUGGGGACGGACUCACACCCAUGGGCACUGUAGGUCUUAUGGGGUGUCUUACACAGUCCGGAUUGCUUAGUAGGGGAAUAAAGCACUGUCUGAGGGGUCUGCCUACUUAGGUUGACAAUUUCCUUUGAAAAGAAUCUGGUUUAAAUGGUGCUGUGGUCUGAGGUAGCUGUUCUCCCCUCUGACAGCUGAAAUAUAAGAAUAGUGUAUUUGUGCUUAGAGUUGGUGUUUUCUUUCAGUGUAAUGCAUGCAGUGGUCACAACCCAGUUACUUCUAGUAUUUGGAUCGUGUUUGUUUGUAGAUAUGCCCUGAAGACUAGAGAAUUAGUGUUUUAUACCACACAGAACUUAAUGUCAACAAACUGUAAACAGGCCCAAUUAAAAACUGGUCCAUUACUGAGCGAUACAUACUAUCAGUGGCCUUUGCUGAUGACACAUUAGCUAGCUCUUAGCCACCUCAGAAAGAGUUUUAUUUAAAGUUGAUUGCUGCCAGAUAUGCAUAUUGAAAUCCUUUCUUCCCACAGUUCCUCCGAAGGUGAUUUUGUAAUUUACAACAGGAUAUGGGAAAUAAGCCUAAAAGCAAAUCUGUGGCUGAGACAGCAAACUGAGGCUGUCUCAUUGUCUGUGCCCCUCCAACACCAAUUCCUAAACCUUUGAAGGGAGACAGAAAAUCUGUUUUCUUUAAGCUCACUGAAUAGUUCUAGACAGAGGAAUAAUAAACUUUUUAAAAUGUAUUUACCUGUUAGUUGGAAGUACCCAGAAUUCUCAGAAACAAGUGCAAAAAAGCUUAAGCAGCUUCAUAGCAACUUUUUGCCAAAAUAAUAAAUGCCGUUAGCAGCAGAGUUUAAAAUCCUAUUGUGAACAGCUACAUUUUCAUUUUACAAUGGAAAGUUAUAAUAAGUACAGGCUAUCAAGUUUGCACUCAACUAUGCCAAAAAAAGUUUGAAGCACUCUACUCUCAGACAUGUGUAUUAUUAAUCUCAUUCAAGGUUAAAAAAUAUAAAGCUAUCCAAACACUGUCUUAAUGUACAUGUAACUAUUUUUCCUUCAAGUGUUGAGCAGGGAGUUGGUUUCUCUCUUAAAGACACUCACUGUACAACUGCAAGCAGCUGUCAUACUUCUGGCAAAAUGUGUUUACUUAUCUGACAAGCUGUAUAUUUGUGUAUGAACUGACAUAAAAUGUGAAUACCUGUAAGUGUACAUGUAGUUGUGUGGUGUUGUCUAGAGGAUACAACUGAAUGUUUUUAAUUUGCUGACUUACAGACACUGACUGUUUACAAAAUGCUAGCUUGAAAGUCUGUAAUUUUUACGUCCUAACUUUUAGUUAAUUGCCAUUGAGCACCCUUUCUGGUUCUGAGGAGGUGAGACAUGGUCGUGUGCUUAUAAACUGAAGAGUUUAGUCAUAAUCCCUCCUGGCUUUGUGUGAAUAGCUUGCUCACUUCACUGGCCUUUGAAACGUGUGUUCUCCGUAGUAAAGUGUCCAUGUGUUUGUGAUAAGAGUGCUUGUCCACCGUGACCUUCAUCGAGCCUUCCUAGUCCUUCACCCGGCACAGUAUUUGAAAUGGCAAGGAUGUGCUUCAUUCUCUAACAGCAUACAAAGUGCUGACAUUCUGGAUCGUGACUGUGCACAUUUCCUCUAGUUUCUUUCUGUAGUCCCUAUAGAACGAUCUGUAAUAAAAUAGUAUACUGGACUGUGCAUCAAAGGGAUGUAAAAUUACAGUAUUCCAAAGGUUGCAGUUCUGCUGUUUUGUUAUAAUGCCUGAUAUACAUCUUGAAUAAAGUCUUAACAUUUUUCUUUUAAAAAAAA